GCUGAGUUAAAGUGAUUUUUUUAAGCAACUAUAAAGUUUCAAGAAAUGAAUUGUACAACAAUAGAUGGGAAUUUUAAUUCUCUUUUCAAAAAAGUAACUCUCAAAUUUGUCACUUUUAAGGAUAAGGAGAUAAUCAAGAAUAACAAAGCGUCACUCACGUACAAUAAAAUUUAUUUGUGACGAGGCUCAUUAAAUAAAUCCUGCAAUUUAAAUUUAAUCCGUGGAUUAAAAUCUCACAUUAAGUGUCAUUCACAUUUAACAAUCUCUAUUGCUCAACAGAUCCGAUGCACUAGUAUUAUUUAUAAUAAAUUAUUAUAAUAACGCAGAAAUGGAAUUCAAAGUUUUUAUUGUAUUGGUUGCUUUUGUCGGCUCUAGCUACUGCUAUUCUGAUGGUGCACCCAGUUCAGAAUGUUCGUCAAUGACACCUAGACAUCAUGUUGAUCCACAAAAGUCUUCCUUCCCAUAUAACAUCAUCCUUUCAAAGAACAAAAUCCGUGCCGGUGACACAAUUGAAAUCACAGUUCAAGGCAAGACUGCUGAUGACACCUUCAAAGGACUUUUAGUUCAAGCUCGUGUUGGAGAUACAGCAGUCGGUUCUUUUGAUGUCUCACCAAGCUCUCAAUACAUCCAAUUGAAUGAUUGUGGAAACAGCAAAGGCAACGCCGUCACACACAAAAAGAUCACAAAUGGAAUUAGAACCGUAAAGAUGUUGUGGAAAGCCCCAGCAAACUUGUCUGAAAAGGUCGUGGUCUAUGCAACAGUCGCAAGAAACGGUGGAACCUUCUGGGUCAACCAAAAAUCUGAUGUGAUUUCAGUCAAUUAAGAUUCCUUCCUUACUAUUUAAUUAUUUUUUUCACACACAAAUUGUGAACUGUUUAUUUUUAAUUUUUUC